UUUUUUUUUUUAAUAGAGAUUUAUUUUAUUCUUAAUGGGUUUAUCCAUUUUAAUAUCAUGUUGUUUGCUUUUUAUAUCUUCAAUACAAGCUACCAUUCUCGUUUUGUCUACGAAUGAUACCUAUAUGGAUCGUCAAGCAGUAUUUGGUCCACGAUUGGAACAAGAACUUAUUGGUCAUCUUAGCAUUCCUAUUCUGUCUCGAUAUGGUUGUGAACCUAUUGAUGCUCCUUCAAUGGAUUGGAUUGCAUUGGUUGAAAGAGGUAAAUGUUCUUUUGCAGAUAAAGUCCGGGCUAUGCAAGCUUCUCAAGCAAAAGCUGUGAUUAUUGGUGAUCCUCAUUUUAAUGGUUGGAUUACCAUGUAUGCUACGGGUAAUACAUCGGAUAUUCUGAUUCCUAGUAUGUACGUGGCACAAUAUCAAUUCAAGGCUUUAGAAUUACAUUCAUGGAAAGGACCCAUAUUGGUUCAAUUGAUUAGAAAUGAAGAAGCUUCAUGGUCAUUCACUGAUAUGAUGAUUGUCAUUGUACUUUCACCUUCUGUCAUGAUGUUAGUGGUCUAUUUUACUUGGAAAUGUCGUGAAUAUCAACGUCAUUUACGUGAUCUUGCACCUUGUCAUGUUGUGGCCAGUCUUCCUUCUAGAUUAUAUCGACGAGAAAAAACACCUAAUUCCUCUCCAACUAUCUCAGACGAUGAUGCAGAUGAAGAAUGUGCUAUUUGUUUGGAAAAAUAUUUAGAUGAUGAUCGAAUACGAACAUUACCUUGUCAUCAUGAAUUUCAUGUCACAUGUAUAGAUACCUGGUUGAUCACUCGAAAGAAAUUUUGUCCUAUUUGCAAGUUCAAUAUUUGUCAAGCUAUACAACGACAACAAGAACAUCCUCCAUUAGACAAUAGACUUCCUCCUUCCCAUAUGAAUGAACAAACACCUCUUCUUCCCUGUUGAAUCUUAUACCAUACCCAUAAAAAAAAACCUCCUCCAAUAUAUAGACAUUUAUGCAUACAGAAUAGUUUUUAUGUUUAUAUUUACAUUUAGAGUCAUAGGUUUUUUUUUUUAUCCUUAUAAUUCAUUUAUUCCUUUUUUACUUGUACAUAUCACACAUACAUACGCACAUAUAUAUAUAUAUACAUAUAUAGAGAGAGAGAAAAAAUAAACAUAAGUUAAUAAAAAA